AUGGAAGUGAAGGAACGUAGACCUUACCGCUCACUCACUGCCCGGCAGGACACAGAGCGCCGUUACACCAGCUCCUCAGCAGACAGUGAGGAUGGCAAACCCAACCCCAAAUCCUACAGCUCAAGCGAAACGCUCAAGGCCUUCGACCAUGACUCAAGGAUGGCCUACGGGAGCCGUGUCAAGGAAAUGGUUCAUCACGAAGUGGACGAGUUCAGUCGGCAAGGAGCAGACUUCUCCCUUCGAAACCUUGGCUUUGGAGAGGCCCUCCCAUCCCACGUAGCCACAUACAGGACUGACCUGGGGCUGCCACACCGCGACUACUCAGUCAGUGUGGGCUCAGAUGCAGACACAGAGACAGAUGGCAUCAUGUCACCAGAGCAUGUGGUCAGAUUAUGGGGCCGCAGCAACACCAAGUCAGGCCGCAGCUCGUGCCUCUCCAGCAGGGCAAACUCCAAUCUAACUCUCACUGACACUGAACACGAGAACACAGAAAACGGUCCUCCGCUGCAUUGUUCAUCCGCCUCCUCCUCCCCCGUUGAGCAGCUCCCAUACCCUCCCCCUUCCAUUGCAGCCAAUGAGAGCCAGGGAGGGUUGCUAGGUAACUGUGCGGCUCAGCCAGCCCAGGACUCUGACUCUGAGGAUGAGUUUGGCCCCAAUUCAUUCUUAGUUAAAACUGGCUCAGGGAACGUGUAUGCUCCUGCCACUGCAACUGCUGAUGACGGAGCCUUUCAAAACCACUCUCGGCUGAGGACGCCUCCUCUACCACUCUCCCACUCCCACUCGCCCAAUCAUCAGCACCAUGCAGCCUCCAUUAACUCCUUGAACAGAGGUAACUACACGCCGCGGAGCAACCCAAGUCCCGCGCCCACAGACAGCUCUGUUCCCCCUGAGGGGCCGGCCAGUGGUCAAGACUCCGGCAGCGCACAGGACAACUGGCUACUCAACAGCAACAUCCCCCUGGAAACAAGGAGCCAGAAUACUCUAAUGUUUAUCAGAGAGGAGCAAGACGCUUGCAGAGAAGGGCAGGGCUCGUACAAAACAAGAAACAUAGCAAAGCAGACAUUCCUAGAGACUUUACAGGACAACCUCAUAGAGAUGGACAUUCUGGCAUCAGCACGCCACGAUGCCUCGUACAACGACGGGCACUUCCUGUUCAAACCAGGUGGAACGUCACCAAUGUAUUGCACAACAUCACCAGGAUAUCCUUUGACCUCCAGCACGGUGUACUCGCCUCCCCCACGCCCUCUGCCUCGAAACACCUUCUCUCGACCUGCCUUCAGCCUGAAGAAACCCUAUAAGCACUGCAACUGGAAAUGUGCUGCUCUCAGUGCCAUCCUCAUCUCAGUUACCCUCCUGUUCCUGUUAGCCUACUUCAUUGUAAUGCAUCUUUUUGGAUUAAACUGGCACCUGCAACCCAUGCAGAGACAGAUGUACCAGCUGUCAGAGGACAAUACAAGUGGCUUACCUUUUCCCACUGAUCUGAGCUUGCCACCACUUGGCAACACAGGCUUGGAAAUACCUGACCGCAAGGGAAAAGAUGACAGCAAAUUGGACACCUUGUUCCCAGAUGACAGCUAUAUAGAUAUGGGGGAGAUUGACGUGGGGCGCAAGGUCGCGCAGCAGAUUCCUCCCGGUAUCUUCUGGAGGUCCCAGGUCUUCAUUGAUCAUCCCAUGUACCUGAAGUUUAAUGUGUCCCUGAGCAAAGAUGCCUUAGUGGGAAUCUAUGGAAGGAGAGGUCUACCUCCAUCGCACACACAGUUUGACUUUGUGGAGCUUUUGGAUGGGCGGCGGCUCCUGGCCCAGGACAUCCAUGGCCUGGAGGGGCCUGUGGCUAUGCAGCGGAGCCUGGUACCCAUCACCACACACGACACAGGUUUCAUCCAGUACAUGGACUCGGGCAUCUGGCACCUGGCCAUCUACAACGACGGAAAAGAAACUGAAACUGUCUCCUUCCUUACCACCGCCAUAGAUUCUAUUGAUGACUGUCCCAGUAACUGCUUUGGUAACGGUGACUGUGUCGCUGGAACAUGCCACUGCUUUUUAGGAUUCAAAGGACCUGACUGUGGGCGAGCUGCCUGUCCAGUGCUAUGCAGUGGGAAUGGUCAAUACCUUAAAGGUCGCUGCAUGUGUCACAGCGGCUGGAAGGGCUCCGAGUGUGACGUUCCCACCAACCAGUGCAUUGACAUCACAUGCAGCAGCCAUGGGACCUGUAUCGUGGGAACCUGUAUCUGCAAUCCAGGCUACAAAGGGGAAAACUGUGAAGAAGUGGACUGCCUGGACCCAACAUGCUCAGGCCGAGGGGUAUGUGUCCAGGGAGAGUGCCACUGCUUUGUGGGGUGGGGCGGGCCAGGAUGUGAGAGCCCCAGGGCCUCCUGCAUGGACCAGUGCUCUGGACACGGAGCUUUCCUGGCAGACACCGGGACCUGCAGCUGUGAUCCCAACUGGACAGGCCAUGACUGCUCUACAGAGAUUUGUGCAGCGGACUGUGGUGGCCAUGGCAUUUGUGUGUCGGGCAGCUGCCGCUGUGAUGACGGCUGGAUGGGCACUGGGUGUGACCAGAGGGCGUGUCACCCUCGCUGCAACGAACAUGGCACUUGCAAGGACGGCAAAUGUGAAUGCAGCCCGGGUUGGAAUGGAGAACACUGCACUAUUGAGGGCUGUCCUGGUUUGUGCAAUGGAAAUGGUAGGUGCACUCUGGGUAACAAUGGAUGGUACUGUGUGUGCCAGCUGGGCUGGAGGGGCACUGGCUGUGACACCUCCAUGGAAACUGCCUGCAGUGAUGUCAAGGACAACGAUGGAGAUGGCCUGGUGGACUGCAUGGAUCCAGACUGCUGUCUGCAGGCAACCUGUCACACUACCUCUCUGUGUGUGGGCUCCCCGGACCCCCUGGACAUCAUCCAGGAGACACAGAUGUCCUCGGCACAAAGCAACCUGCAGACUUUCUAUGACCGGGUGCACUUCCUGGUGGGCAGGGACAGCACCCACAUCAUCCCUGGAGCCAACCCUUUUGAUGGAAACCAUGCUUGUGUGAUUCGUGGACAAGUAGUGACCUCGGACAGGACACCACUGGUGGGAGUCAACAUCAGUUUCAUCAACAACCCAUCAUAUGGUUACACAAUCACUAGGCAGGAUGGAAGUUUUGACUUGGUGACCAAUGGGGGCAUAGCCGUAGCCCUGCACUUUGAGCGCGCUCCAUUCAUCACGCAGGAGCACACUCUCUGGUUGCCAUGGGGACGCUUCUUUGUCAUGGAUACCAUCGUCAUGCGGCACGAGGAGAAUGACAUCCCUAGCUGUGACCUCAGCAGCUUCACCAGGCCCAGCCCUGUCGUGUCUCCAGCUCCGCUCACGGCAUUCGCCGGCUCCUGCUCUGAAAGGCGGACCGUCGUACCCGAAAUCCAGUCUCUACAGGAGGAAGUGCCUAUACCAGGAACAGAUAUGAAACUCGGCUAUUUAAGCAGCAGGACCCCAGGGUACAAGUCAAUACUGAGGGUGACCCUCACCCACUCUACGAUCCCUUUCAACUUGAUGAAGGUUCACCUCAUGGUGGCUGUGGAAGGCAGGUUGUUCACAAAGUGGUUUCCUGCAGCCCCAAACCUCUCGUAUGACUUUGUGUGGGACAAGGCUGAUGUCUACAGUCAGAAGGUCUAUGGCUUGUCUGAAUCUUUUGUGUCUGUGGGUUUUGAGUAUGAGUCAUGUCCAGACCUUAUUCUGUGGGAGAAGAGGACUGCUGUUCUACAGGGCUAUGAAACCACUGCCUCCAAGCUGGGGGGAUGGACUAUAGACAAGCACCAUGCUUUAAAUAUCCAGAGUGGUAUUCUUCAUAUGGGCAAUGGGGAGAACGUCUUCAUCUCCCAGCAGCCUCCUGUAAUCGGUAGUGUGAUGGGGAACGGGCGCAGGCGCAGCAUCUCCUGCCCGAGCUGUAAUGGCCUUGCUGACGGAAACAAGCUGCUGGCCCCAGUGGCUCUGGCCUGUGGCUCAGAUGGAAGUCUGUACGUGGGCGACUUCAACUAUGUGAGGAGGAUUUUUACCACUGGGAAUGUCACCAGCGUCCUGGAGCUCAGAAAUAAAGACUUCAGGCAUAGCAACAGCCCUGCUCAUAAGUACUACCUGGCUACCAGUCCAGUGAACGGUGCUGUGUACCUUUCAGACACCAGCAGCAGGAAGGUGUUCAAAGUGAAAUCGCUGAAUGUUGUGAAAGAUGUGGCCAAGAAUUUGGAGCUGGUGGCUGGAACUGGCGACCAGUGUCUCCCAUAUGAUGACACUCGCUGCGGGGAUGGGGGAAAGGCUGUAGAGGCCACUCUCACUAACCCACGAGGCAUUACGGUGGAUAAGUACGGUGUAAUCUUCUUUGUGGAUGGGACAAUGAUUCGCAGGAUUGACCAGAAUGGUAUCAUCUCUACUCUUUUGGGCUUCAAUGACCUGACCUCUGCCCGACCUCUCAGCUGCGAUGCUGUGAUGGACAUCUCUCAGGUGCGUCUUGAGUGGCCUACAGACCUGGCAGUGAGUCCCAUGGACAACUCCCUGUACGUCCUGGACAACAACGUAGUACUCCAGAUCUCAGAAAACCAUCAAGUUCGUAUUGUAGCAGGCCGGCCAAUGCACUGCCAAGUGCCUGGGAUAGACCAUUUCCUCAUGAGCAAAGUGGCCAUCCAUGCCACCCUUGAGUCCGCCAAUGCCCUAGCUGUGUCCCACAAUGGCAUUUUGUACAUCGCUGAGUCAGAUGAAAAGAAAAUAAACAGAGUACGACAGGUGUCCACCAAUGGAGAGAUCUCCCUGGUUGCAGGCGCACCGAGCGGCUGUGACUGCAAGAAUGAUGCCAACUGUGAUUGUUACUCUGGAGAUGAAGGCUAUGCCAAGGAUGCUAAGCUGAAUGCGCCCUCCUCUCUGGCAGUGUGUCCAGAUGGAGAGCUUUACAUUGCAGAUCUGGGCAACAUUCGUAUACGCUAUGUGCGCAAAAACAAGCCCUAUCUGAAUCCCCUCAGCAUGUAUGAGGUGUCCUCUCCCAUUAACGACGAACUCUAUCUGUUUGACUCUAACGGCAGCCACAUUUUUACACAAAGUCUGACUACAGGAGACCACCUCUACAACCUGACCUACACAGGAAUAGGCGAUCUGAGCAGCAUUACUGAUAAGAACAAAAACACUGUGAGCAUUCAACGAGACACGACAGGUUUGCCGCUGUGGCUGAUGGUUCCCGAUGGACAGACAUUCUGGUUCACCAUUGGCACCAACAGCGCCCUUAAAACUGUUGCUGCCCAGGGUCAAGAGCUAGCCGUCAUGACCUACCAUGGAAGCUCAGGACUUCUGGCAACAAAGACGAAUGAAAAUGGAUGGACAACCUUCUUUGAGUAUGACAGUUAUGGGCGUCUGACUAAUGUCACUUACCCCACGGGCCGAGUGAGCAGCUACCGCACAGACACCGACAGCUCAGUCCGCAUCCAGACGGAGGGCUCCAACAAAGAGGAUAUCACCGUCACCACCAACCUGUCAGCCUCUGGCACCUUCUACACACUCAUGCAGGAUCAAGUUCGGAACAGCUAUUUCAUUGGUCUCGAUGGCUCGCUGCGGCUGGUAUUGGCCAAUGGGAUGGAGGUGUCCCUGCACACCGAGCCCCACCUGCUGGCCGGCACGGUCAUCCCAACAGUCAGCAAGAGGAACGUAACCCUGGCCAUCGACAAUGGCCUUAACCUGGUGGAGUGGAGACAGAGGAAGGAGCAGGCUCGUGGCCAGGUCACUGUGUAUGGACGCAGAUUAAGGGUUCACAACAGGAACUUGCUGUCAUUGGACUUUGAUCGAAUCACCAGGACCGAAAAGGUCUACGAUGACCACAGGAAGUUCACGUUAAGGAUCCACUACGACCAUGCUGGGCGGCCCACUCUGUGGGCGCCAAGCAGUCGUCUGAAUGGAGUCAAUGUCACCUAUUCCCCUGGGGGACAUGUGGCAGGUAUCCAAAGAGGUACCAUGUCUGUACGCAUGGAGUAUGACCAGAAUGGCAGAAUCACCUCCCAGAUAUUUGCUGAUGGUAAAUCCUGGAGCUACACUUACCUUGAGAAGUCCAUGGUACUGCUGCUCUACAGCCAGAGGCAGUAUAUCUUUGAAUUUGACAGAAACGACCGACUGUCCUCUGUGACUAUGCCCAACGUGGCACGGCAGACGCUAGAGACCUCCCGCUCCAUUGGCUACUACAGAAACACCUACCGGCCCCCUGAAGGUAAUGCGUCAGUGCUCCAGGACUACAGUGAGGACGGUCAGUUGCUUCAGACCACCUACCUGGGCACAGGCCGCAGGGUCAUCUACAAAUACGGCAAGCUUGCCAAGCUGCUGGAGAUUCUCUAUGACACCACACGCAUCGGUUUCUCCUAUGAUGAGGUGGCAGGCAUGCUGAAGACAGUCAACCUUCAGAGUGAGGGCUUCACCUGCACCAUCCGCUACCGUCAGAUUGGCCCAUUGAUUGACAGACAGAUUUUCAGAUUCAGUGAAGAAGGCAUGGUCAACGCCAGAUUUGACUAUGUCUACGACAACAGUUUCCGAGUCACAAGCAUGCAGGCUGUCAUCAACGAAACACCGCUGCCAAUCGACUUGUAUCGCUAUGACGAUGUGUCUGGCAAAACAGAGCAGUUCGGCAAAUUUGGAGUAAUCUAUUAUGACAUAAAUCAGAUUAUCACCACAGCAGUGAUGACCCACACCAAACACUUUGAUGCUUAUGGACGGGUGAAGGAGGUCCAGUAUGAGAUCUUUCGCUCGCUCAUGUACUGGAUGAUGGUGCAGUAUGACAACAUGGGACGAGUGGUCGCCAAGGAGCUAAAGGUUGGACCUUAUGCCAACACCACACGCUACACAUACGAGUACGAUGCUGAUGGUCAACUUCAGGUGGUCUCCAUCAACGACAAGCCUCUGUGGAGGUACAGCUACGACCUUAACGGCAACUUGCACCUUCUCAGCCCUGGAAACAGCGCACGCCUCACCCCACUACGCUAUGAUAUCAGAGACCGCAUUACUCGCUUGGGAGACGUACAGUACAGGAUGGAUGAGGACGGCUUCCUCAAGCAGCGAGGAAACGACUACUUUGAGUACAACUCAGCAGGCCUGCUGGUUAAGGUGUACAACAAAGUGAGCGGUUGGAGCAUCAAAUACCGCUAUGAUGGCCUGGGCAGGAGGGUGUCCAGCAGGAACAGCAUGGGCCACCACCUGCAGUUCUUCUAUGCAGACUUAUCCAGCCCCACUCGAGUCACCCAUAUGUACAAUCACUCCAGCUCCGAGAUCACUUCACUGUACUAUGACCUGCAAGGACACCUGUUUGCUAUGGAGCUAAGCAGCGGGGAUGAAUUUUAUGUGGCCUGUGAUAACAUAGGCACCCCUCUGGCUGUGUUCAGUGGCUCAGGCCUCAUGAUAAAGCAGGUCCUCCAUACAGCGUUCGGAGAGGUUUACCUCGACACGAACCCCAGCUUCCAGCUGAUAAUCGGCUACCAGGGAGGCCUGUAUGAGCCUCUCAGUAGACUGGUCCACAUGGGCAGACGGGACUAUGAUGUCCUUGCAGGCCGCUGGACAACACCUGACCAUGAAAUCUGGAAACGUCUCAACAGCAACCACAUUCUGCCAUUCAACUUGUACAUGUUCAAGAAUAACAAUCCUCUCAGCAACAAUGAGGAGAUAAAGUGCUACAUGACCGAUGUGAACAGCUGGUUGGUGACCUUUGGCUUCCAGCUGUACAACGUCAUCCCCGGCUAUCGCAAACCAAGCACAGAAUCCAUGGAGCCAUCCUACGAGUUAGUCCGCACCCAGAUCAAGACACAGGAGUGGGAUAGCACCAAGUCUUUGCUGGGCGUUCAGUGUGAGGUUCAGAGGCAGCUGAAGGCCUUUGUGAAACUGGAGCGGUUUGGCCAGAUCUACAGAGCCAAAACUGCCGGAUGUCCUCAGACAGAGGACGAGAAGAUCUUUGCCUCUGUUGGCUCCAUCUUCGGCAAGGGGGUGAAAUUCGCUAUCCGAGACGGUCGCAUCAGCACUGACAUCAUCAGCUUAGCUAACGAGGAUGGGCGCCGCAUGGCUGCAGUUCUGAACGACGCGUUCUACCUUGAAAACCUCCACUUCACCAUCGCUGGAAUGGACACCCACUACUUUGUCAAAUUGGGCUCAGUGGAGGGAGACCUGGCCCUCAUUGGCAUGACGGUGGGCCGGCGCACGCUAGAGACCGGCGUCAAUGUGACAGUGUCUCAGGUCAACACUGUUCUCAAUGGCAGGACUAGGCGCAUUACUGACAUCCAGCUCCAAUAUGGCGCACUGUGUCUGAAUACGCGUUACGGCAGCAGUGUGGACGAGGAGAAGGCUCGCGUGUUGGAGCUGGCCCGGCAGAGAGCCGUCGCCCAGGCUUGGGCCCGGGAGCGCCAGAGACUGAGGGACGGAGAGGAGGGCUCGCGAACCUGGACUGAGGGAGAGAAGCAACAGCUCCUGGGCUCAGGGAAGGUGCAGGGCUACGACGGAUACUACGUGGUUUCAGUUGACCAGUACCCUGAGCUGGCAGACAGUGUCAACAACAUUCAUUUCAUGAGACAGAGCGAAAUGGGCCGAAGGUGA